GGAAGGAGAAACGACAACACUGAAUCUCUGCACGGUUAUUGUGUGAACAUGUCCACGAUACAAAGUCUGAGGGCUUUUGUAAACCAGCGGCUGACUGCGGCUGUAGAGGAGAUCUUUGAGCUUCUAGAAACUACCAUAACAAACUAUGAGGACGAAAUACAGCGUCAGAGAAGACUGCUGGAGGUCGUUUCUGAGCCUGAAAACCACACUACAACAAAUCGAGCAGUUUCACCCUUAGGUAUCCAAAAAGAAAGAAAAGAUCAGCAUGAGGAGGAGACCAGCCUCAAUCAGGAGGACCUGAAGCCAGCGUAUUCUGAAGAAAAGCAAUUGUGGAGCAGUCAGGAGGAAGAGCAGCUUCAAGACACAGAGCAGGAUCAUACCACUGAGUUUACAUCCACUUCUGCUUCUUCUAAGUGUGAAGAUGAUGAGGACGAAUCUCAGUCUUCACAGCUUUAUCAAAGGCAAACUCAGGAGUGCAAAGAUGCAGCCAGCAGCCAAAGUUUCAUCAGGGAGAAGAAAUUCCACUGUGACCUGUGUGACAAAAGUUUCACUCAGAAAAAGGCUUUAGUAAUUCACAUCAGAAGUCACACAGGAGAGAGACCAUACAGCUGCUCCACGUGUGACAGGUGUUUUAGUCAGAGGAAGACAUUAGUCGUACACAUGAGGAGUCACACAGGAGAGAGACCAUUCAGCUGCCCCUUCUGUGAGAAAAGUUUUAGUGUGAACGGAACACUGACGAGACACAUUCGAGUUCAUACCGGAGAGAAACCGUACAACUGCAGUGUUUGUGGAAGGAGCUUUAGUUUGUUGACACGACUUAAAAGCCAUAAGUGUGCUGGUGCGAGCAGCAACAAGUAGCAUUUUCUUCUUCAUUUUUAACUUAAAUUUUUGGUAAAACGUUUCAAGACUAGUGUUGUAAUGUUUUUGUUUUUUGUGUUUUUGCUUGGACAGUCAAGGUUUAAGAGUCACAGUUAGGUGCCCGUAGUCACGUGACGAAUAUGUCUGAACCACUAAAAAAAAAGAAAAGAAAACACUUGUAACAGUAUUUAACCGCCAAUCUUGGUGGCAGAAAUGCUGGUAAGUGUUUGCUAACUGCUAUCAAAACACAUGAAGAAGUGUUUGCUCUUGGCUCCUGCUGCAUGAGAGAGGCAGAGCAGCAGACCUCCUGUAGUCUUCUUCCUCUCCUCAUUUCCACACCAUUUUUAAAAAAGCCUCCAGGUGUGAAAGCAGAGAGGGUUGAAGAUAUUACCGCUGCUAAUACAUUUUAAAGACUUUAUAAGGAUAUAUGUAGAAGUAGAGAACACAGAGGACAAAUGUGUUUUUAAGAGCUCUGCUUAAUCUCUGUUUCAACAUCCUAUCCUAUGUUUACAUGAGCCUGUCUCAAGUCCACUGAUGUACACCCGUACUGAACCGUGACCUCAAAACCGAGGUACGAACCGAACUGUGACCUCUGCGAACCGUUACACACAUAUUCAAGACCACAAGAAGUUCUGUGCAUAAAAAAAAAAAAAAAAACGCACAUCAAGGGGCCCCAUUUUUAAGUAUUUAUUGGGUCAUUUUAAAGUGAUGCAUUUAAAUACUGUGUUGAUUUCUGUGGUUAUAGGAUACUCAAAGAUAUAAAGUACGUCUGAAAAUUGCUAUUGUUUUUUUUAGUGUACAGUCAGAGCAACACAUUAAGUUGAGCUCUUUGUUUAAAUGGAAAUUAGUAUUUUUUGUCUUUAAUCUCAGAGUAAUGGCUUAAUUUUCUGAAGAAAAACCUUAACUUGGAACCAGAAUUUAAAUUCUGAAUUUUUUCCCUUGAAAUGUCUCAUGCCUGUUAAAAAAAAGAAAACAUUAUUCUGAGACUGAAAUGACUAUUGUACCAUUAAACUCAAGACUUUCUCACCUUAGGCACCAACCUCUUAAUUACUUUACACUCUGUCUUACUGACCACAAGAUACACAGUGGAAUAAUAAUUUUCACUUUACUAAUGAGGAUAUGCUCCUGCAAGUUUGAACAGAAGACAGUGUGUUCUUGAAUGGCAUUGUGUCAUGUUUUGUUAAAAGCUGAGACACAAAGACUACUGGUUUGCUUGUCUUACUGCUAAAUAAUAGAAUGAUGUAGUCGCUCACUGUUCAAAGUUAAAGCCAUCAGAGUGCGACUAUUCUGGCAGAAGAAAGGAGUCCAACCAUAAAUAGGUCUACUUCAACAUUUUCACUCUGAGUUUUCUGAUUGUCUGUUUCUCACACUGGUUAAAGACUUUUUCAGCACAGUAUUUUGUUAAGUUUUUAAGGCAGAGGCCGUCUUCUAAUGAUGUUAUAUUGUUUCCUGUGAUUGAUAGCUGUAUUCCCCAAAUUUCACAUAUUUCAUCCUCACAAAGAUCCAUGCACUAGAGCAAAUUGCUCCCUUUCUAGUCAGUCUUCAUAAUUCCACAGAAUGCACCAUGAUCGCGCCACUCUGUCCUGCUUGGCUCGAUACACAUGCCAAGUCUAUUUUCAGCAAAUCCUGCUGCCGGCAUGCAUCCAUUGCAUCCAUGUCGAGCAGAUUGACCAAAAAACGAGAACACAGAGCAUCUUAUCAAUUACAAAAUACAACAAUGAUGCAUGGGAAAGAAAAUCUCACAACUUUGUCAACAUUAUGUCACAGGUGGGCAGGAAGGUUUUGGAGGUAAUACAGCACCAUAGAUGAAGAGAGGUUAUUCUUUAAAGUCCCUGUAAAGUGAUGAACAAAUCUUUAUUUUAGGUGUGUUAAGAACCACCAUGCUAAAUUUCAGUCACGAAAAACAACUGUAAGUUUAUAAAAUGAAGCUUCAGAAUCAUGAAAAAUGAGGCAGUAAUAUCUGCUCUAGUAUGGUGUGAUAAAAAAAUCAUGAUGAUAAAAAAAAAAAAAUCAUCAUUUAACUGGCUGUUAACUUUCAAUGAAGCUAGUGACAUCGGCUAACAAGAUUACUAAGAUGGAUUCAUUUUAUAUCAUUGUAGUGUUAGGGGGAUGGGGUAAUUCCCCAUUAAGACUGAUUAUGCCAUUGGCUCAUUUAUUUGCCCUGCUCAAAUAAAACCAGAGAAAAAGGUGAACAACUUUCCAAUGGUCUAAAUAAAAAAUUGAGUUCUAUGCAGGUCUCAGUUUUACAGUAGCCUUAUUCCAACAUAUCUAGUGUGUUAAGACACAAAGUUUGGAUUUCACAUUACAGGGACUUGAAAGAAAACCAAAGGAUUUUAUUUGACAUCAUGCUCUCUUUCUAAGAAAACAACGUUUUAAUUUUUCUAAUGUACUUACUCAUGGUAGAGGACAUAACAUUAGAGUAAUAUCAAACUGAACAAUUAACCUCAUAAAGGCAAACCAAGCUGUUGUUUACAUUUUAUUCUGAGGUCCCAAUUCCUGUGUGAACUUGUAGUUCUUCCCAUGAUCUUCUGGCCUCUUGUCUUGCUCUGGGCUGCACGCCGUUGGUCUGAAUUUGUGAGUAACUCAUCAGUAACGCAGUGUCCUGAUCAGUAUUAGGAUGUUCUUGGACAGUCUGAAGAAGUCAUCUGUUCAUGUUUUCAAUAAGUACUUUAUGUCGAAAGCCUGACUAAAAAAAUCGUCCCAACAAACGAGGAAGUAAAUCUAUUUUAAUGUGUGUUUUCACUGCUAUAGGUGCCAAAUAGAUGGCAAUGGGGAUUUCCUCAUGAGGAAAUGUAAUUUAUAUAAUUUAUGUAAUGUAUAUUCAGUGCCAUCCAAAGAAACAUUCUCUCUUAAUGCAACAUUAGUAUGUCCAGUCUGAGAGCAUUUCAAGCACAAUAGUACUGUUUUAUUAUCUACGGUAGCCUUUUGGUUCUUCCUUAUUGUUCAGAGUAUUAGGUGAUCAGGAUGCUGCUAUCAAGUCAACACGCUUUGUGCAUAA